AUGCGGAAAUGCCGGAUGUUCCUCUCUGCUCCUGGCCUAGCAGAGAUGUACCAGGAAUUGCUGCUUUGUGACACCAUCCUCAUCGUUGAAGGACGGGCGUUUCCCUGCCACAGAGCUCUCCUGGCAGCCGUCAGCCCAUAUUUCCGGGACAUUUUCACCAGCACCUGGCCCAAUGUAAGAGAGAUUCGGCUGACGAACGUGGCCGCAUCAACCAUCGAAAGCAUUCUGAAAUAUAUCUACACGGAGGAGAUAACGCUCACAUCUGACCAGGCCCCAGGAAUCUUUGCAGGAGCCAGUCAGCUGCAGAUUUUUCCUCUACAGGAUGUCUCCUGUAGGUUCCUCAUUGCAAACCUCUCUUUGCAGAAUUGCUUCACAAUGUACUCUUUGGCUCGCUAUCAUAAAAACCAGCCCUUGCUCCGUGCCACAGUAAGGCUCCUCACCCUCAACUUUGAGGAGGUCUUUGAACUGCAGGCUUUCCUUCAGUUAGAUCUCUAUACAAUCAGGGCCCUGAUAUCUUCCAAUGACCUUGCUGUUUCCUCUGAGCUUAAAGUCUACCAGGCUGUGCGGAGCUGGGUGAACUUCCAGCCCAGCAAGCGUAGCCCGCAUCUUGAAAUGCUGAUGUGCUACGUCCGGUUACCCCUUCUCACCAGCACAGAGCAGAUAGAACUCGAAAGGGACUUGGAGAUGUGGGGGGAUCUUCAACUUCAAUGGAAGCACUUGGACAGCCAGGAGAGGUUGCACAAAGCAGGCGGCCUACGGCAGGGCAUGUGCAAGCCGCACAUCUUGUGUAUUGACACCCAGUUGUCUGAGUACCAAGCAGAAGGAGGUGAGGAUGCCUACAUGGGCUGCUAUGAACCCCAGACAGAAAAAUGGGAGAAGCUCCCCGGUCUGCCGUCCUUGACACAUGCUUGCUGUACAACAGGUGAUGACAAGAUCUACGUUUCCGGAGGGGUCUGCAGAAAUUCUUAUUCGGCAGCUCUGUACGAGUUUGAUUCCUUCAGAUGCCAAUGGGUGGUACUCCCCCACAUGGCCACACCCCGAUGCGCCCAUGGUUUCCUGUUCUACAACCAUAGCCUCUUUGCUGUGGGAGGCUGGUGGAAAUUCCAAGGUUUUCUUGACUCAGCUGAGAGCUUUAAUCUUGAAGAAAGAAGGUGGACUGGGAUCGCCCAACUUCCCUUUACUCUGAGCCACCCAGCAACAAGUGUGUUCCGGAAAAAAAUGUAUUUCCUAGGUGGAGCCACAGGCAUUGCAAGGAAUUGGGUGUUUCACCAAGGGUUUCUGGUUUAUGAGACCGACUCUGAUACCUGGACUCAAGUCCCUCUUUCUAUUGGCUUCUUUGCUGCUGGAGCCGUAGCUAUGGACAAGGGAAUCUACAUCAUUGGGGGUUUCUCCGAGAAGAAGCCUCGGGACUCGAGUGAUAGGUCUGUGAUACCCGAAAACCGUCACACCACUUACAAGUGUUUCUUUGUCAACGAGGCUGGCAAAGUGAAUUGCAACACGGGUAUCCCAAAGCUACCCCAAGGGAUAGCCAAUGCGGGAGUGGUUCGCUGCAACAAUCGGAUCUAUGUCUUGGGUGGGGAAGAUUUAACACAGCGCUACAAAACCAUUUAUCACUGGGAGCCUGGCGAGCGCCGUUGGCGUCGAUGCACCGCAGAUAUCCCCAUCCGCCGUGAAGGUAUCAGUCGGUUCGGCUGCACCGUCUGGAUGAAACCCAAAGCCCACAUCCUUCAACUUUUCCAAACACCAUGCCGUGUCCCCAUGGCUGCACUCUGCAAGUAG